AUGAGAAUGUAAAGUGGAAGAAAUGGAUUAAAUGACAAAAAAUAAUCGUAAUAAAAAGACUUAAACUUAGAAGACAAAGAAGAUCAAUUAAAAUAACAAAAGAAAAGCUCAAAAGUUAUUCAAAAUGCUUUAUAGAAUGAAAAAUAAGACAAAUGA